AUGCAAGUGUCUCUGUUAGGUACUUCCAGACGAGAAGACUCGGUGCGGAACGUCCAAAUUACCAAAGAUCAGACCUCUUCCCCAUUCUCCCCAGCCUUUACUACCGCCACGCCAAGCUUCAUUCGUAUCACACGUGCUGGUGUCUUCCUCAUGCAUAGCACGCCGCAACUCGGUGGUAUUUGCAAGACAAGCGAGGUUGUACUCACUAGCGACGAUACGCUUCCAAGCCGCCUCCACAAUGACAUUGAUGUUCGCCACAUACACAGGACGCCUACGGCGCCGACGGCCCCGCCUCUUCCUCCGCCCCUCAAGUGUUCCGCUAUCGGCACGUACUUYCUGUAG